CCAACACUGGAUGAGGUUAAGAAGGUCUUUAAAGAGCUGAAAAACAGCAACACUGCUGGGAAGGGUGAGAUGCCUGUCGAACUUCUUAAGAUGAAACGAGCAGAUUUGGUGAAAAUCCGCCGUUUCAAAUAGUAGCGUUAGCCAUCUCACGCCUGUGAGAUAGGCAACAGUAAGAAAUGAAAAGUGCUCGAAUUCAAUGUUUAUAUGUGUGUGUUUAGAGAUUGAUAUGAUAGUUGGUGACGAAAGUUGAUCAACAGGAAACCAUAAGAAAAUGUUAUUUUAAACGCAAGAAAAUUUUUACAUACAAAAUUGAAAUCAAGAAAGAAACCGGAAACCCUCGAAUUAAGUAGAAAAUUAUAUAUGAUAACUUUCUUGGUCAACCGGGAGCGAUUAUUCGUUCUUUCCCUUUUGGACCGCCAAGGAGUCAAGUUAUCAGAAGUUGAUAUUUAGUUCAGUGAGAAAGUGUUCCUUAAUCAAUAGCUAAUACAAGUAUAAAACUAGUUUAAAAAGAAAAGUGAGUGAAAUUUUAACGAGUAAAUUCAUUGCUAUUUUCAGAUAAACCUAUAUUUUUUAUAACAAUUAAAAUCGUGAGUCGUGCAUUUAAAAUUGUGCUUAAAAAGUAAGUUUCAUGCAUAUUAGUAAAAAAAAAAUUAAAACUUAAACGAAAAUUUAUUUACGAAAAACUAGAGUGCAGAAUUUUAUAGAAAGUGAGUCGGAGGCAGAAAUUACGGUGUUACCGAAGUGAGAAAGAUCAGUGGCCACAACCCGGUGGCAUCCACCGUUGGGAUAAUCGGUGUGAGUUCGGUGCAUGACGAACCCGUGGUGAAUUAUUAGUGGUCGCAUACCCCGCACAUAACGGAAGCGAGUGGAUUGGUGCUUGGUACACGGCGAGGUUACCCCGGGUGUACCUAUCGUCUCGUGGCUUCGGGCCACUAUAGGUACGUCUGGAGCGCGUUGGCCAUCGGAGUGUAAGCUUGGCCCCCAUCGUGAAUCACAUCCGCUACACGUGAUUGUCCGUCGAGUGGGAGUGUCCAUUAAAGGGAAAGAAUCCCAACGCCAGCGUAACCGCCAGACUCACGUUCCGACGAUCUGCCGAUCGGAGUGUACCCACCGACUUCCCAGGGAACGGAUACGACCCGCGGCGCGGCGAGCAUUAUCGUUGUGACCGUGCAUGCUGCCCCACCACCCCUCAUCGAAGGAGCAAGAUAAACAACCACCCGUCUCCACCAUCUCCACCCCGCACGGGCCGUAGCCGUGCAUCAGUGUGCGUAAUCAACGGCCGCCAGACGCACUGCACACGCCGGUCUCGUUCGGAAAGUGCUUCGUGAUCGAGCUCGCACACAGGCAAUCAGCAUCGUCGGGAUCUAUCUAUCCCCCCCAUUCCCCCUGCAUGGGGACCGGUCGAGGUCUGUAAUCAUCGUCCAACCGUAAGUACACGAACCCAGAAAACAACAACACACACGAAACGCAACGAGAAUUAGUAGGGAAAACACAAAGUGUAUUAGUAGGGGAAGAACGCAGAUUAGGGGGUUAGAACGACUCACGGAAGACACACGAACAGGGUAGUGACGUCACAGCUAGGGAGUGAGAGACUAUCGGAGAGGUUCGGUACCGUUGGCCAGCGUAAGCUCCGGGAGAACUGCCGAUAGCCGCUCAGUAGCCAGCUAGCUCUAAUAGGAGGAAGGUCAGGGCAUUGUAGACGUUUUUUUAUGAGAGGAAAAUACGAUGAAUUUUAAUCGUUGAAAUCGAUCGACUUAUUUUUACGUAUCGUUUUACUCCUUCAAUAAACUUUUCUCUCUGCUACUAAAUCAUCUUCUUAACCUUAUAUAAUUCAGAAAAUUACCUAAAAUUGAAUUGGAAGUGGAAAGUUUUUGGGAAUAUAGGACUUUGGCUUUUGGGACUACGGAGUAUUUGGUGGGUAGGAAUUGGAGGUGGAUCCUGUUGGUGGGCACUGACGUUGCUAGCUGGGCAUUUUGAAUCUGGAGCUCUUGGUAGACGACGUCGUCGUCUGGCGCUAAAACCAGGAAUUUAAGGACCCCUAGCAGGAUCCUCCUUACAGUGGCGCCCAACUUCAAAUAGGUACGUCCCACUAGAAUUUGAAAUUUUUGUUUGAUCAACUUUUUCACAGCUAUUAUUUUGAAUUGAAUUGGAUAUUUGUAAGUUUAGUUAAGUUUGAUUGGAUUCGAGCACUUUAGAUAUACUUUUCGGGGAAUUCAGCUAGGAUAAGAUCACUUUUGAAUUGAAUACAAAUGACUGGUAGGUUUAAGUAAGAUAAAACGGAUUUAGUUAUUUUCGCGUUUUUUUUUCUACAAUAGCAUAGUUUUUCUUUUCUUUCUAUUAUUCAUAUUUAUCAAUAUUUUCAAAUUUUAUUUUACUUGAAGUACCAAUUUCCUGAAAGAAAUACAGAGAGAUAUUUUAUACAAUGGCUACAUCGGACGGGUCAGUUUUGCAAAUUAACGCGUAUGAUUUGAGUGAAUGUGAGGUAGACUAUGAGUUAUGGAUAAGAAAUGAGCUUUACGAGGAGUCAGAUAAACAGAAAAGAGAUCGUUUGAGGAAAAUGUUCCUAGAGGAAGGUAACGACACCAUCACUUUGCCUGAGGAUAUUUUCUUUGUGAACGAGUUACCUCUAGUAGCAAGAAAAUUAGAAGAAAUUGAGUAUGGUCUAACAAAAACAAUUCAGGUUAAAUGGAUUUCCCAACUGCGUCAUUGGCGGGAGAGAAUUUGCAGAACCAAAGUCGUCGAUCUGGCUCAAGGAGAGCAAAAGGUUGAAAUAUUAUCGAAAAUCAGGCAUUUGAUUAAGACUUAUAAAGCGACAGCAGUUAGGUUGAUGAAUCUCAGUGAGUCCGAAGAUGAAUUAAACAAAGGCUUAGAACAAAGUUCAUUUAAGAAAGAUAAUCUCAAAGAUAGGUCACAGCUGCCUCAAUUUUCAGGACAUAGGAUGCAACAAAAAAACCAAUCUUUUGACCAUGAUACGCUAUCCAAGGCAGUAAAUUCAACAAUCGGUGAUUAUUUUAAACAGUUUCCAAACAUUGCGGGCAUGAAAAUAAGCAUUGAUCGCGACGAUAAGACGAAGAAAAAAAUAAGUCAGGAGAGAGAUCCAGUUAGAAAUCUAGGAGCAAUUCCGAAAAAUGUGGAUAUGUUAGGCUCGGUAUCGCGAAAUAAGGCUAAAGAACGAGAGAAAAGCUAUAGGUAUGAGCGUAAACAGGACAAAAGCAAAAGAACACCUAAGAAGUCUUCUUCGGAGGAUGAAAGUUCAUCUCUUGAUUCGUUGAGUAGCCUACUUUCUUCCGAAUCCAGUUCGGACUCUGAGUCGAGAAUCCUCUCAGUGAGAUCAGAGGAUGUAGGGCGAGAUCGAGAUUAUAGGGGCCAAAAUUAUCGGUUGGACAAAUGGGGUAUCCAGUUCAGUGGAGACAUCCAUGGCAUGGACGUUCUAGAUUUCGUUUUCCAGGUUAAUGAACUAAUGCAGGCAGAACGUAUUCCAAAUGACAGGUUUCUAGAUCAUGCUUACAUUCUUUUUGCAGGAGAAGCACGGAGAUGGUACUUUACCUACAAAAAGAAAUACCGAACGUGGGAUAAAUUUUCGAAACAGUUGAAAAUUCGUUUUGGUGAUCCUAACAAGGAUAGAAAAAUUCUCCAAGACAUUAAGGACAGGAAACAAAGGAAGGGAGAGUCGUUUGUGGCUUUUUGCUCUGAAAUAGAGGGAAUGUUCGAGCGAAUGACAAAGCAAUAUUCGGAGCGAAAAAGGUUGAAGGUCCUCAGAAAUAAUAUGAGGCGUUGGUACAAGACAAAACUCACAUUUUUCAAAAUUAAGAACAUCGCCCAUUUGAACAUGCUUUGUCAACAAUUGGAUAAGGACAGUGGUAGAAUUUAUUCCAAGUCUGCACAUUCCUCUAGGAAACAUAUCAGGAAUGUUGAUGCAUCUUCCGAUUCGUCUUCCUCUUCAUCAGAACCGGAAGUAUGUGCUUUCAAUAAAAAGGAAAACCGGCAAUACAAACGUCGGGAUUCCCAAGCAAACAUAACAGAGGCACAAAGCCGAGAAAAUUUGGUUCAACUUAAUUCUUUAUGCUGGAAUUGCCGGAGAUACGGUCACCGGUGGAGGGAUUGUAAACAACCCAAGGUUAUUUUCUGUCAUGCAUGUGGUAUGCCUGGAGUUACGUUUUCAACCUGCCCAAAGAGUCAUAUACUUCCUCAGCAAGCUCCAAAAAACGAAAGUUCGGAGGAGAAGUAAGGGGCGUCUCUUUUCCGGAAAAUUCGUUAGACCCCACGAGGGAAAACAGGGAUAAUAAUGAUAAUAACUGGAAAAUUUAUGAAUUGAACGUCAAGCCAAGUAAAUGCCCACAUAUUUUAGUGAAAAUCGUUGAUUCAGACAUCGAAGCACUUUUAGACUCAGGAGCCGAAAUUUCUGUUAUGAAUUCCAUAGAAAUUGCUCACAAAUACAAUUUUAAAGUCCAUAAAACAAACAUAAAAAUAGAUACAGCAGGGACGGCGAAUCAUAGUUGUCUAGGAUUCAUAAAUGUUCCAUUAACCUACAAGAGCGUAACUAGAGUCAUCCGAAUUUACAUUGUUUUAGAAUUUUCCAAACCUUUGAUUUUAGGCGUUAAUUUCUGGAAAGCAUUCAACAUAGUUCCAGCAAUGAAAAUGAACAAUAAAGAAAUUAUAUCUUUAGGCCAAAUGGAUUGCCAAAGACACGAGCAAGUUGAAUCAAUAAGCCUCGUAGAAAACUAUUUUUCGGCAGACGAACCAGAAAUAGCACUAAGAUUUUCUGAAUUUGUCGGAACAGUGGAUAAACUUAGCAAUCUUAGCGACGAAGAAGAUUUAUCAUUAGAAGUACCAACAUUAGAUUUUCAACCAAUGUCGAUCGAAGAAAUUGAAACAGAACACGUUCUAAAUGCAGAUGAAAGAUCUCAAUUACUGGAGGCAAUAAGUUGUUUCGAGUUUUCGGAAGACGAUAAAAUCGGUAGAACCGCGAUCCUUGAGCACAAAAUUCAGAUUAUCCCGGGUGUUGAACUAAAAGCUGCUCCAAUGUACCGUUGCUCACCGUACAUACAAAAAUACGUGGACGAAGAAUUAGAACGAAUGAAGAAGAUGGAUAUUAUAGAACCUUGCGACUCUGAUUACGCGAGUCCUUUGCUACCGGUCAAGAAAGCGAACGGAAAAUUUCGCGUUUGUUUAGAUUCGCGACGGGUUAAUGACGCAACCGAAAAUAACGCUUAUCCAAUCCCCAAUUUACACGAAGUCUUACAUAGAAUCAAAAAGGCCAAAUACUUCAGUGUAAUUGACCUGAAAGAAGCAUACUGGCAAAUUCCUCUGGCGCCUGAGUCCAGGAAAUACACCGCGUUUAGGACAAAGUCAGGCCUAUACAGAUUUAAAGUGAUGCCUUUCGGUUUGAAGGGGGCUCCUUUCACGAUGUCCAAACUAAUGGACAUAGUCCUCGGAACUGACCUACAACCCUACGUAUGGGUUUACCUGGACGACAUAAUUCUCGCGACCGAAACUUUAGCUCAACACGUAGAAUUAAUUAAAGAAGUAGCACGUCGAUUAAAGCAGGCAAACUUAACGAUUAGUCUCAAUAAAUCCAAAUUUUGCAGAACUAGUGUCAGGUAUUUAGGAUACGUGAUAUCUGAACAAGGUAUUUCGAUCGACAUGGAGAAAAUAAAACCCAUUCUGGACUAUGAAACCCCAAAAACAAUUAAAGACAUCAG